AUGGCCGAAAAGGAUUUGAAAGCGCUCGAAGAACGGAUAACCAAACAGAUGGAAGAGAUGUUUGGCGCACUCUCCUUGCAGUUUCAGCAAUUCCGUGCAGAUGACCAAGCUAAUCACGCAAGCUCGUCAAAAAAUCAGUCAGGCAAAAGUGGCUGGCCUGAUUCAGGGAACCCCUUCCCUAAGGUUGCCAAGUUAAAUUUUCCAAAGUUCGAUGGUUCUGAAGACCCAACCAGUUGGGUGUGCCGGGCUGAACAAUUCUUUGAGUUCCAGGGUACUGCCGAGGAGGACAAGGUGGCGUUGGCAGCCUACCAUUUGGAAGGUGAGGCACAGCUGUGGUACCAGCUUUUUAAGGAGAGUGAGGAGCACGUUUCGUGGGAAGCUAUGAAGGACGGAUUGCAUGUGCGAUACGGCGCCACACAAUUUGAUGAUUUUUUUGGUGAUCUCACCAAGCUGCGCCAGACAGGAACGGUGCGAGAAUACCAGAGACAGUACGAGCGGUUGCUGAGCAGGGCUGACCAUCUCUCGGUAACACAGCAGGUUAGCGGGUUCAUAAGUGGGCUAAAGGAGAGCAUAAGGCCAGAAGUUCAAGCUUCUCGACCCCCCACUCUCAUGGCUGCAGUGGGACUGGCAAGGUUGUAUGAGGCCAGGUUGUUGGCACAACGACGACCCACUAAUUUCUACGACACCCGGAGGACCAUGGGCCAGGCGAAUACACCGCCCUUACCAUCCGCAAGCCUUAUGCGGAACCGAUCUGCGGUGAUCAAGAAGUUGAGUCCGGCAGAAUUGAAGGAACGGAGGGACAAAGGUCUCUGUUUUAAUUGCGAUGACAAGUUCUCCCUGGGGCACAGGUGUAAGAAGCUAUUCCUGAUCAAAGGCAUUUAUGAGGAAGACAAUGAACACCCGAGUGAAGAAGAGGCACGAGAAACUUGGGAGGAUGACGAGCUUGAGAUUCCGGAAAUAUCCCUCCAUGCAAUUUCAGGUGUGCAAACCCCGCAGAUGAUGCGUAUCGUUGGAACCACCCGGAAGGCUCGGGUAAUUCUGCUGGCGGACACAGGAAGCACGCACAAUUUUUUGAACACUAAAUUGGCAGAGCAAUUAGGCUUGGAACCAGACAAACAGACGACCUUCGAAGUUUUGGUGGCUAACGGGGAAAGACUUUCCAGCAAGGGGAAGUGUUAUGCGGUACCGGUUUGGCUGGGAGGUACCUUAUUUACGCUGAAAUUUUUUCUUAUUGAUUUGAGGGGAUACGACUCAGUCCUAGGGGCGCAAUGGUUGAAGAUGCUAGGACCCAUCUUGUGGGAUUUCUCUUCACUUUGCAUGAGUUUCCGGUGGCAAGGGAAGAAAGUCACGCUGGUUGGCUUAGAGGCACCCCGGAACAGAAUACUGGAAGGUCCAGAGAUGCAGAAGGAACUGAGACGUAACGGUGAGGGUGUUCUCCUUCAGUUUUUUGCAGUGCAGUUGGGGGUUGAGCAGUGUUGCCCAGGUGUAGACAAUCUGGACCUUCAGCGUCUCCUAGAAAAGUUCCAAGAUAUUUUUGCUGAGCCGCAGGGUCUGCCUCCUAUGCGAUCUCAUGACCACAAGAUUCUCCUGAUUCAAGGCUCUUCCCCAGUAAACGUGAGGCCCUACAGUGGGCUCGUCCGAGCCAGUACCAGUCCGUACUCCUCUCCAGUCUUAUUGGUCAAGAAGCAUGACUAUUCGUGGAGGUUAUGUGUGGAUUAUCGCACCCUCAAUCGGACCACUAUCAAGGAUAAAUAUCCGAUUCCGGUAAUUGAUGAAUUGUUGGAUGAACUGCAUGGCGCGCAAUACUUUUCAAAGCUGGACCUCCGUUCCGGGUACCAUCAAAUCCGGAUGCAAGAGCAGGAUGUAGAAAAGACAGCCUUCCAGACGCAUCACGGGCACUUCGAAUUUUUGGUUAUGCCCUUCGGCCUCACCAAUGCUCCGUCCACUUUUCAGUCCUUGAUGAACGACAUCUUUCAAGGUUAUUUACGCAAAAUGGACAAGUGUAGUUUUGGCCAACAGCUGGUGAACUACCUAGGCCAUUUUAUUGAGCAGAAUGGAGUCGCCGUGGAUCCUGCCAAAAUCCAAGCUAUGCUGGCUUGGCCGAGACCCUCCAACAUCAAGGCUCUUCGGGGCUUCCUUGGACUUACCGGCUACUACCGGAAGUUCAUCCAGCAUUAUGGUGCUAUUGCCCGACCUCUCACUCAACUCUUAAAAAAGGAUGCUUUCGGGUGGAAUGAGGAAGCCAGCGACUCAUUUGAUCGUCUUAAGGAAGCUAUGACAAAGGCACCGGUGUUGGCCUUGCUCGAUUUUUCUAAAACAUUUGUUAUCGAGUGCGAUGCUUCCGGCUGCGGCAUAGGGGCUGUUUUGAUGCAGGAUCGCCGCCUCAUUGCUUACUUCAGCCAAGCCCUUCAUGGUCGUAAUAUCAACCUCUCAACCUAUGAAAAGGAGAUGCUUGCACUUGUCACUCCCAUUCAAAGAUGGCGUCCCUAUCUCUUGGGCCAACGAUUUGUGGUGCGGACUGGCCACCGUAGCCUCAAGUACUUGUGGGACCAAACUAUCGCCACCGAGGCCCAACAAAAGUGGCUCAUCAAACUCAUGGGGUAUGAUUUCACGAUUGAAUACAAAAAGGGACACGAUAACCGCGUUGCUAAUGCUCUCUCUCGCCAAUUGGAAGGGACUCUCAUUGCUCUCUCUGUACCUAUCCUUCACUGGAUCGAACCUAUCCAGCAUGAAGUUCAACAUAAUCCGAAUCUCCAGGCCUUGGCAGCGCGUAUUCAUCAGAAUGAAGCUGUGGGACCUUGGCACUUGCAGGCCGGGCUUAUCUACUUCAAGGACCGGGUCUACCUCAAGGCUGAAUCCCCAACUACAGCGGCCAUCAUUGCAGAAUUCCACAACAGCACGCAUGAAAGGUAUCACAAAGGUCUACAGCGUAUCCGGUCUGUUUUUUACUGGCCUAAAAUGAAGCAGCAACUCUGCACCUUCAUCAGAAAUUGUGAUAUUUGCCAGCGUCACAAAGCUGAAGCCACCAAACCAGCCGGGCUGCUGCAGCCCCUGCCCAUUCCCAAACAUAUUUGGUCGGCUAUCUCCAUAGAUUUCAUUGACGGUCUUCCAAAGUCCUACGGCCGCACUACUAUUUUUGUGGUUGUCGACCGUUUUUCCAAGUAUGACCAUUUCACUCCCCUCAAGCACCCGUAUAUAGCGCCACAGGUGGCUCAAACCUUCUUUGAGGUUAUUUUUCGUUUGCAUGGAAUUCCUACUUCCAUCGUAUGUGAUAGGGACCCCGUGUUCACUGGAAUUUUUUGGCGGGAGCUCUUUCGCCUUCAUGGCUUUCACUUCGCUACUAAGCGUACUCCCUUUGAGAUUGUUUAUGGUCGACAUCCUCCUCCUCUCUUACCAUACAUCCUCGGGACUACUCGUUCCGCAGCUGUAGAGGAGGCCCUGCUAAGCCGCAAUCAAGUCUUGCUAGAGGUUCGCCAACAGCUUUUGGGAGCCCAGAAUCGCAUGAAGCAGGGUACUACAGAAGUACUAGUGCAUUGGCAUAGACUUUCUCUUGCAGAGGCCACGUGGGAGCCUCUUUCCGAUUUUGAGCUUCGUUUUCCUUCCUUUGCCCUUGCGGACAAGGGCAAUUUUAAGAAUGGGGGAGUGUUACGUACCUAUGUUAGACGUGGCAAGCGUGUAUAG